AUGCCUAACUUUCUUGAUAGGGCAUACGAUCGGUAUAGUGCGAGUCAGGGAGGAAGUAAGCUUUCUUCGCAUCACAAAUCGCUGUUAUUGGAUCCAUCUUUGGUGGAAGAUUAUCAGGAUAUUAUGUUGCAGUUACCAAAUGGGGGGAAUGCAAUACGGACGGACGAUGAGCUGAGUGCCAAUGGGAGUGUUGUUGUGAUGUCUCCGCCUGAGACGCCGGAGCGGAAACGUGAGAGUGUUUUAUUGCCGGAGGGGACUCCCGAGAGCGAGGGAGGAGGGAUAGGGAAUCAGCCGGUUUUGGGUUCCCCGUUAAAGCACACCAUACUUGCCAGUGAGGUUGAUAGCGUAGAGCCUAAGGCAGCAGUGAGGGCAGCACUACGAAACUGCAAUGGGAAGAUGGGCGGGACACAGCCACGUCUUCUUGAAAGCGAUGCAGCAGGAAAACGAUUGAUGGAUGCAAGUGCCGAGGAGGCAUAUCCAGACGGACAGGGAAGUUCUGCAGUAGAGGUUAGCAGGACUGAUGACGGUAAUGAGCACGAUGAAAUAAAUAAAAGUUCGGAAUAUGAUGAUGAAGAUGAUGAGUACUGUUAUUCGGAUUCUGAUUUUGAAGAAAGUCUUGAGGGCAGGCUUAGAGAAAUGGAGUCUGUGAAACAAGAGGGGCGUGCAUUACAGGAAAAGAACAGGCCCAAUGUACUGAGCGUAGGUGGUGGUGAUUCCGCAGCUAGAGGUGUCUCUAAUUUUAGGGCGAACUCUUAUUCGGAUGCACCUAGUGAUGAAGAACUUGAUGAAAUAUCCUCGUCAGAAGAACUUUCUCUAAUUAAAGAUGAUGACGAAGAUAUAGAUGACUAUUUGCCUUUACCACCUCCACAGGAACUGGAUCCUGGGAAGUUAUAUGCACUCUAUCCGUUUCAAGGACCGGACCCCUCGCAUUGCCAAUUGGAUCAGGAUCAAGGGUGCGUCUUAUUAAAUGAUCAGGACUCUUACUGGUGGCUGGUGAGACGUUGCGUGGAUGGAAAAAUUGGGUUUGCCCCUGCAGAAAUAUUGGAGACUUUCCCAGAACGGUUAGCCAGAUUGAAUUGUUGGAAAAAUGAAAAUAUGUCUACUCAAUCACUUUUCCAGUUAAAUCAGAAAGAGGAUAGUCCCGAACACAAAAACGACGCUGAUAGUUCCCAAUUAAAAUCUUACGAAGAAGGCAAUAAAUCAGUUAGCUUCAACGACGUGGUGAGUUAUGCUGAGCGUUACUAUCAGCCUUCAAAGGCGCAAGAUCAAGUCUACGCAAAUAAACACGAAGACGAUGAACAAAACAUAAGUUUUCAUGUUGAUGAAAUUCAUCACACUAGAUUAAACGAUCACGAUAUGAUUGACGAAGACAUCAGUGAUGUUCUAAGUGAGGCCCCUGCUUCCUCUGAAGCUAUGGUACCACUUAACAUUAAGAAGGUUAGAAAUAAUAAUACGGAAAAUAAUAGCACAGAUGACGUUCCGCAGGUUGUAACCCCACCAAAUUCUGAGCCCGCAAAAAAUAAAGACGAUGAGUUAAAACAGAUAUUUAAGGCACCGAUAUUGCCAUUUUCGAAUAGUCGCGCGAUUGAAAUACCAAGCUCUAAUUCCCACAACUCCAUAUCUACCAUUGGGGAAUAUUCACCUUCCUCCUCGGAAUACACUAAUGAUUCCCCACAGUUUGACAGCAAGGGCAAGUUUAUUAAGGACAAUCAAAAUAAUGCUAUCCCUACCGCAAGAGCAAUUCAAGACAUCUCACGACUGGUAAGCACCCCAACCGAUGAGACAUUACAGAAUCCUACAGAUGAUGAACAAAUUUUAGUAUCAACACCCCAGAUCUCAUCAUCUUCGUCCGGUUCUACUACAGAAUUACGAACAAAUAUAACCAAUACUGAAUCUGAGGAAUCUUUUCUAGAUAUUCCCAGGAAUGAACACAACUCAUUAUCAUCUGUAACAAGUACUCAAUCCAUCGGAAAAUAUGGUCAUCACCCAGUUGUUCAUGAACUAUACAACCCAGUAUUUGACAAAAUUGAAGAUCUAUUGGAAAAAUUAGAAAAGUUUAAAACUUCUCCUUCAAAGUUGAGUUAA